GAGAGAGAGAGAGAGAGAAAAGACCGAACUAGUCGCCGCUGUGCUCCAGAAUAGGACGCGCUCGAGCCGCACCAAGGCAGACAAUAGCCGCGGAACCGACCGGGUGAACAUCUUCGUGUCUGUGGGGAGAAUCGGACAGUCAACCAUCCACGAUCCGCUUUAUGGUUUCUCACGAAGAAUCCAUUCGGAUUAAUCCCAUCAUUUGCCACUCAUGCUGAUCGGACAGUCAGACACUUGCUGAUCCACAUUGACCACAAACUAGGAUUAACCUCUCGCCAUUGUUUCUGCCCGUUGAACAGGAUUAGCAAAUCAAUGUGUCAGAUCGUCCACGCAAGCGCCAUGAGCGGGCUUCUCAAGAGGAAGUUCCAGGAGGUGGGCGAGGACCUGUGCUACUCGUCGCCCUCCUCGCUCUCGUCCGCCUGCUCCGCCUGGGACUCGGAGGGCGAGAGCUGCUACUCGGACACCCUAGAUUCCACCCCUAGCAACCCCGGCUCCCCGGCAACGCAUUCCAACAUGACGUCCAUCCUCAAGAAAUCCAAGCGGGCGCGACGGAGCAAUGUCACCUUUGACCAGGUGACGGUCUUCUUCUUCCCGCGGUGCCAGGGCUUCACCAGCGUACCCAGCCGAGGGGGGUGCACCCUGGGCAUGACGCCCCGGCACAGCGCGCACCGCACGUACACGCUGACCGAGUUCGCCGCCGAGCAGCGGUUGCUGCGCCGGGAAAAACUGCUCAACCGGCUACGGGAGGAGAAGCUGGGGGCUCUUAAAUUAAAGUUGACCAAGAACGGAACCCAAGACAGCGAAGAGGCCGAGCGGCUGACGGUGGACGACAUCCCCGAGCGGGAUGUGGACGUGAGCAGCGCCAACCUGGAGGAGGGCUCGUUCCUCCAGCCGUACCCAUCCAAGCAGCGCUACGCUCUGCUGAAAGCCGCCGGCGUUAAGAAGGUCGACAAGGAGGAGAAGAGACAGCUGCACGAGCUGCGGAUCUCCAGGGAGCGUUGCGGCUGCGACUGUCAAGGCUUCUGCGAGCCCGAAACGUGCGGCUGCAGCUUGGCUGGCAUCAAGUGUCAGAUGGACCAUUCGUCGUUCCCGUGUGGCUGCACCAAGGACGGCUGCGGCAACACGCAAGGCCGCAUUGAGUUCAACUCCACCCGGGUGCAGACGCACUACAUCCACACCAUCAUGAAGCUGGAGCUGGAGAAGCGACUGGAGGAGCAGUCCGGAGGCGAGGAGGCAGCGGUAGCGACGACAGAUGCCAUGGCCGCUCCCCCCGCUCGCUCCUUCCCCUUUGGCUCGGAGCUGGCGUCCGCCGGCGACAACAGCUGCAGCAGCGACAUGACGGACUUGUCGGACUCGUCCGGCCACAGCGACGACUCCGAGGGUGGCGGGAGACCGUGCGGGCGGCGCACUCCGCUGGAUGUGGACGAGAAAGGCCUGAGCCGCAUCCUCAGCUUCAACGAGGCUGGGAACGGGGACGCCGCCGAGAAGGACUCGUGUCCCCGGCAGACGGCCACGACGGCUGAGACCUUCGGCAGCUUCAGCAUGGCGGACUUUGCCGACGAGAACGACAACGCGGCGCCGUUGGUCAAUCGGACCGGGUCAGAACUUUUGGACGAGAACGCUAACCAGGGCAACGGACUCUUCAACUGCGGCGGUGUCCCUCACACGCCCUCGCCGACCGUGGACCGCUCGGCUAGCUACAACAUGGACCUGAGCCUGUCCUCCGAGUCGGACCUGGAGUUCUUCGACGGGUUCCCCUGCCUCGGCCCCAGCUCGCUCUACAACUCGCUUAAGGAGUACGAGCACAUGGACAACUUUUUCCACUUUCAGCUGCCGAGCUACCCGAGCCUGCCAGCGUCCGGCGAUCCGGGCACCUGCCUUCUAGAGUCCCUCAUCGGCCUCUCGGAGUCCGUCCCCGAGCCGCCUCCCGCCUUUACGGACAAUCAGAUGUUGGAGGAAGCCAUCAAGUUGUCUGUAAUGGAGUCCGUCAAAGUUUGACAUACAAAAAGCUUGGGCUGUGCUGAACCAGAACAUUGUAAUGGUUCUAGAGCCAUUUGGGUUCACUCCAAAGCCCAAUAUCCAAAACUUAGUGUCAAAUUUGGAGGAAGACGCUUGGUCGGACACGUCGGAAUUUGGAGGAUGCCGUGAUCUCCUUCUUAACCUAAAGUCCAAAGUCGCCUUUGGGCGCUGGCGUGAAGGCCCGCCGACACCAAAACACACUGAGAGAACUCUCAACCAAACCCACGAACGGGAACCGGAAGGAGCUGUAACAACACAGCCGAAUGUGCACCUCAGGGAUUCUUUUGUUCUGGCUUUUCGGAGGCCAUCGCUGCGACGGUUUUUGCCUUUCUCGGACCCCGUCAAAUUUUUUGCGUGGAAUCACGAAGUUAGCGGACUCCCGAGAGGUUCGCAUGGUACCAGAAAAUGGAAAAGAAAAAAAAUCCCGCUCGAUCAGCACUUUAUCAAAGGCAUCGUUUUGGUCGCGUGGGGUUCAACUGUUAAAUUAUCGACUCUUGGCUUAAACGAUUUCAAAGCUGUACUGUUUUUUUUUUUUGCCUUUUAUCAUAAGUUAUUUCCUGCAAGGAUUCAUAUUUAUUUUUCACUCGAGAAGCACUGUGCUUUCCUUUCGUUCACAACCGUCAAGUGCAAUCGUCCUCAUUCACAUUUUUUUUUUUUUAAGGAAUCCUUAUCGCAAAAAAAAGGCCAUCAGAAAAAUAUUUAAUAUCUAUUUGCUGAUUAACUUAUUAUCUCAACGGUUAUUUAAUUCUUUUGGCAAUAAAAAUUGAGCUGUGGAAGCCGAGCAAGAAAACUGUCAAAUGUCCCUUUAAAAAGAAAUCUCUAAAUUAUGGCAUUUAUUAUAUUUCUCCCUAUGUCAUGUAACCAUAGAGAGAGAAAAUGACUAAUAUUUUGUAACUAAUUUAUGUAGAUUGACAAAAAGAGAAUUCUAAUGACACUGACAAAUUGACUAUUUUAUUAAGCAGAAACAUUUUCAAUGGGGGUGGGGGGGACAACCUUUAUGGUAUAGAAAACUAUAUUACAUUUAUGGUGUGAAAUAUUUUUCACGGGCAGUUUUCGACUAUGUGCCACUCAAAACGGAUCUGAUUUGAUUGUAUUCUGAAUUUUCCUCGGAAGUCUGUGACUCGGGUCACAACGUGUUUUAUCCAUUUGAAAACGGGGUUUGCCGGAUAAAAAUUGCAUAUAUUAUACGAUUUUUAUCGUGUUCGCAGAACCCCCAUUGCGAAGAAGUUGCCUCGUUUUAAAGGAGACGUUUUAUGCAGAAGGACGCAGUCAGACAUGUUUUCAGAAAUUUCGCAGAUGGCAAAAUAUUUGCUCGGUUUAAUGUCACAACGCGUUAAGCAUGCCAGAGACUUAUUUCUCGACAAUUCUACAAUAUGUCACCUUUCAAAUACUGUUCAACAGUGAGGAAGGCUUAAUCUGAUAGGGGGCGCUAGAUAGCCAAUGUACAUAUCUCACUUAUGUUCUGCAGCUUUUUCGGGACCCCUCUUGAGCAGGCGGGGUGGGGAACCCGGGGCAUACGCCAGAACAUUUUGUGGCAGCGGCCCAACCAUGCAUUAUUUUUCCAAAAGCUUCCCCAGCCCUGUUUUCCAACGUAAUGCAUGUUGGUUCCCUGCUCGUUGAAAGCUGAAGUCUCAAUGUAUACUUUUUGAAAGGUGCAGCACAUUGGAAGUGUAUCUGCUUUUUGCCUUCUUUUUUGAUUUAUUUAAAAAUCCAUCCAUGCCAAGCGGAGUUGUACAAAAACAUGAAGAAAUGACAACAGUGAGUGUUUAUUGACGUCAUGUAUUAAUUAACCGUACUGCCCCCCCCCCCCCUCCCUCUUUUUCCACUUCAAGGAACGUGUCUUACAUUUUUUUGAUACAUUUUUUGGACCUUUUUUUUCUCUGUACAUAUUUCUGCUUCAACGCUCCCGCAGAGCAAACAAAAGCUGCUUUAUUUUUUACAUGCUUUCACUUAAACCUGUCUUUUCAUCCAAGCCAUUUUGACAGCCUGUCCCUCGAUAUAAUAAAAUGUUUUCUAAACUCUUGA